UCUCUCUCUCUCUCUCUCUCUCUCUCGUUCAUUAACUCUGUGUUACAUUAAAUAACGAUUAAAAGUUAAAAUAGAUACAGGAACUUUCUCUAAAACUUAAUAAUAAUAAUAAGCAAAUAACAACAUAAGCUUCUUUAAUAAUAAUCCUGUGAUUUUACCAUCAUGAGUCAAUCUUUAUUAGGCUUUUAAAGAUGCAAAUGUAAAUAUCUUUAAGCCCAAAGAAUUGUGCGUAUUUUAAGAUCUUAAAAUCUGUAAAUUUUGUAUAUGUGUAUGUUCAGGUUGGCUGAAGAUUAUUAAAUGUCAUGUUGUCAUGGAUAUUCUGGACUCAGCAUCAGAUCACAUCUUCCAGUACGCAACAUACCACCAUCAACACGACACUCUUCCGUUCACGAUCACCUCCUGAUUACUGACUGCAGACAGCUGGACACUUUAUACCCAGUCACAGUCUGCACACCGUACACAAUACGCACAGCCGUACACAAGCCUUCGAUGGUUUAUCGGGGUUCUGGUUUUGAAGUUGUUUCCGUUUUCCUUGACUUGCUGUUGCUCAUGUUGUUUGUUGAUCCCUUGACCCUUGUCUGCAUCUCGACCGUGAUUCUGAAUCUCAUUCUUGUACUCAUGACCGCAUCAGGACUCUUGGCAUGUACCAAGCACACAGCUUAGAUCUCCCUUAGCAGAUGGUUUGGCUCCUAGCCACCAGGUCAGACUGUCGACCUGCAGUGACUCCUCAACCUGUGAAACUGCUCAUUGCACAUGUCAUGUCAAGGCUGACUCCUUUUCCCAUCUGGUGAAGACUGAAUCCUCCAUGAAUAUCUUUUCACACGAGCUUUAACCUGGGACUUUGACAGAAAAAUGGAAGAAUCCCAGAGCAACGUCCAGAGGUUUGAAAUUUGUUUUCUGUAGUCAAACAAAUUGCCAAACUAAUGACUAAUUAUCUGGAUGGUUUCCAUCCAGGUCAUAGUACCAUGCGCCCUGCCAGUAGGUAAACUCAUGCCGCUACACACACCUCAAUAACUAUGUUAAAACACCUGUCAACCAACUUCAUCACUAACCUGCCACCAUUCCUGCAAAACACCACUGGUAUUCUGGUACAAUAAUCAAACACUUUACCAAGUCCCUCUCACUGAAACAUCUCCCCAACUCACCCUCACGUGCUGAAAUAAAACUCAGUCACGUCAUUAGGUGCUUUGACAACCCAGAAGACAUUGAGAGUGACUGGUGGACCCAGUACAGGUCUGCAGUCUAGCAAGGCUUAAAUAAGAAACUGGGGGUAAUUUCAGGGAAUCGCCUCCAAGUCCAUGGUCAAGUCAAACAGGCCAACCCUCUGUGGACCUUCUGCACCAACAACCAAGAGGACCGAAUAUGUGCUGAAUUCCCUGAGACGCCCAGCAGUAAAACUCACUCCAUUGUGGUGCAUCCUAGCAUAUCAGGUGUCCCGGUUCUCAUGGAAUCCAUGAAACAUGAACCUCACAGACUCCCUGGUGUGGUGGCUAGCUCGUUCCAACACAGUGAACAGGUUUGAGAACAGGCUUAACAAUACCUACAAAAUAACAGCCUAGAGACCAGGGGAAGAUAUGUGUGUAGAGUCAGGUGACAGGGUAUGAGUCUCUGGCAGGGAUCACAAAGGGGAUGCAGGAAGAUGUCACUACACUACAUCUGCCCCUUCAUUAUUGCACAACACAUCAUUGAUGCCACAUACAGACAGUUGUUCAGCAGGGUUGACUGAAAAGUCAGUCAGACCCUUUUACCGGCAGGGAAGUCGUUUAGGGAUUAGGGAAAUUAGGGAAGUCGUGGCCUAAUGGUUAGAGAGUCUGACUCCUAACCCUAAGGUUGUGGGUUCGAGUCUCGGGCCGGCAAUACCACGACUGAGGUGCCCUUGAGCAAGGCACCGAACCCCCAACUGCUCCCCGGGUGCCGCAGCAUAAAUAGCUGCCCACUGCUCCGGGUGUGUGUUCACGGUGUGUGUGUGUGUUCACGGUGUGUGUGUGUGUGCACUUUGGAUGGGUUAAACACAGAGAACGAAUUCUGAGUAUGUGUCACCCUACUUAGCCGUAUGUCACUAUCACUUUCAUCUCGACCCUGAACUUGAAUCUAAAUUUGCUUGAUUGAUUUCUUUGCUUAAUAAAAACGUGUCUGCGUAAUAAAAAUUUGUCUGCGUUCCUUCACCUAUCACCGACAUCCUGUCUUUCUGGUUUGGGCAAUAAUGAGUUCAUUACUAAAUGACAGAUAAUAAGAUAAUCACAUUGUUAUUCUGACACUAUAGUGUAUGAACAGAUUGUGACUCCCAUCUCGUCUUGCUCCUCAGGUUUCUUUUUCAACAACAAAUUAUAUGGUGAUUUCAUCGUAAUUAAAGCUCUCUGUAGAGACUGUAGAGCUGCCUGAUCUUAUCUCUGAACUAGCGUUACAGCUGCUGAUAGGCGGAUCCUUUUAAUAGCACUAAAUACAGAUAAACAUUCCACGAGAUAAUCAUAUGGAAGCCGAAUGGUAGUAGUUUCUCUUUUUUUUUUCCAUUUAAAAUAAUGUGCGGUGUUUCUCAGCUAAGUUGGCUGACGUUAAUGUCUGUAAAGAAUUUAAAAAAUGUGUUUGGUCUCCAGGGCUUUAUGUGAGCACUCGGUGAAAUGGUUGUGGGAAGACAGGAAACUCUGGAUAGCACAGGUGUGAGCAUGUUGAUCAGAGAGGAGAAGCCUUCUCAGCCCCAACCGAAGGUUUCAGCUAAGCCUGCUACGUUCAUCCAUCAGGAGAUGUUGAGCAUCUUGUCUAAGUUCAUAUCUAACCGGAUGAAGUAUGUUUCUCUUGGGGUUUUGAUGCUCCAGACCACCUUGCUGGUCCUCACCAUGCGCUACUCACGCACUCUGCAUUCCGAGGGGCCGCGAUACCUCGCCUCGUCCGCCGUCUUGUUCGCAGAGGUCCUCAAGAUCCUCAUCUGCACUCUGCUCAUCUUCGGCUCUAAGGGUUUUGGCGUUCGAGGCCUGUAUCAGGAGCUGAAGGAGGAGAUCGUUCACAAACCCUCAGAGACAAUGAAGCUGGCGAUUCCCUCAGGCAUCUACACACUGCAGAACAACCUGCUCUACCUGGCGCUGACCAACCUGGACGCUGCUACAUACCAGAUAACGUAUCAGAUGAAGAUCCUCACCACGGCUCUUUUCUCCGUCUCCAUGCUGGGGAAGAGACUCUGCGUCUUUCAGUGGCUCUCGUUGGUCAUUCUAAUGACAGGAAUCGCUUUCGUACAGUGGCCAUCUCCCUCCAGCUCUGAGGAGAAGGAGAAGGAUCCAGGUUCACGGUUAAUCGGCAUGCUCGCCAUUCUGUUCGCCUGCUUCUCCAGUGGCUUUGCUGGCAUUUACUUUGAGAAGAUCCUCAAAGAAACCAAGCAGAGCAUCUUGAUCCGCAACAUUCAGCUGGGCUUGUUUGGUCUGUUCUUCGGUCUAAUCGGAGUGUUUGCGCAGGAUGGGGAGAAGGUCCGGGAGAAUGGGAUUUUGCAGGGUUACAACAGCGUGACCUGGGCUGUGGUGAUUCUGCAGGCUAUGGGCGGCUUGAUCGUCGCGGCCGUCAUCAAGUAUGCAGAUAACAUCCUAAAGGGCUUCGCUACAUCCGGCUCCAUCAUCUUAUCCACUAUCAUCUCCUACUUCUGGCUGCAUGACUUUAGUCCUUCCGGUUUGUUCUUCGUGGGUGCCGUGCUGGUCAUCGCGGCCACGUUUCUCUACGGAUACGACUGGAAAUCCGCUAGGACGAGGGACGUGGUCUGAGCAACGUGAUGAUGGAGCACAUGGAGAAACCCGACGGUGUGACGAUAUAAGUACGACGCAGUGUUGCUCGUCUCCACUCGGAGGACGAUGGGAUUGAGACGAGACUGCACAGUAUUAAAGACUCUAUGUAUUAUAUUUCAGAUUGCCGGUACGUGCUUACACAUAGACGUCUCACUCGCCUAAGGUUUAGAUUAGAUGGUCACUGGUGAAUUGUUAAAGGUUUCCUGAGGAACUGUAUGUUCAUCAUCUGCCUACAUGAACAUGGUCAAUCUAAAGAAGGUCAAGUUCUGUACAGUAAUAAAAGCCUGUUGUUUAA